AUGGCGUCCAGCCGGGUGGUGGAGAGGGAGGUCCGGGAGGAGCCGAGGCGCGCAGCCUGCACCGCAAACAUCGACUUCUGCCCGCAUAAGUACUCCGUGCUCAUCAUCGUCGGACGCACCACUCACCUCGGACACACACAGGCUCACAUCAGCAGGGAGAUUCAGCGAGGAAUCCGGUCCUGGGACAUUGACUUCAAAUCCUGUAACCUGAACCACCAUCUCCAAGAGUUCCUGUCCCAUCACACGGCGUCAUUCAAGGGUGCAGGUCAGAAGUGUCUGCGCCACGGCACCAAAGCGUUGGACACUCAGGUGCUGAUCAGUCCGUCUCAGGAGCAGGUUCAUUCAGAGGUGUUUGCUCUGCUGUCGAGGGACUCGGCUCAGAAGCUCUUGAUCCUCUGUGGACAGAGCGUGGAGGACAGUGGAGACCUGCUGUUUCACAGAGGACUGUUUUCACCAAGCCAGCUGAAACAAAUACUGACAGAGCAGUUCCUCGAUGAAGAGAGCUCUGCCUCCUCCUCCUCUAAGCUCAGCCUGACCCUCAGCUGUCCCAACAUCGGCGAGUGGAGGAAUACUCUGUUGGGGAACCAGCCUCAGCAGCGUCCGUUCACGCUCCACAUCAAUCCCCCAGAGGUGCUGCCUGCCAUGGAGGCCCUGGGGGACUUCACCUCCCUCAUCUCCGGCACCCUUUGCCCUCCGUCCACCUUCGACCUCCUGCCUCCUCCCAUCACUGUUGGUUUCCUCAAGCUGUCCCGUCCCUGCUGCUACGUCUUUCCCGCCGGCAGAGGCGACUGCGCCUUCUUCGCCGUCAACGGCUUCACGGUGCUGUUGGACGGCGGCUCGGACACUCAGGCCUGCUUCUGGAAGCUGGUCCGCCACCUGGACCGCGUCGAUGCUGUUUUGUUGACGCACAUCGGGACAGAGAACCUGCCGGGGGUCAACUCCUUCCUGGAGAGGAAGGUGGCCGAGCUGGAGCUGGUUUCGGAUGUCAAAGCAGAGGACUCGUCCAAGAGGCUGAUCUCCCCAGAGCUUGGAGUCGUGUUCUUUAACGCCCCCAGCAGGCUGCAGCUGGAGCAGCAGCCUUGUGUGGACAAUGUAUUGAAGAGCACGCAGGAGGCGGCCAUAACCGUACAGUUAUUAAAGAAGUUAGACAUCAGACCACAACCAAUGUUUCGACCACAGGGAGUCCCCAUCGAGCCCCUGACCCUGUUCCAGAAGAUGGGAGUGGGACAACUGGACUUGUACCUCCUCAGUCCUGGUAAAAACAGCCAGGAGUACCAGACAUUCAUGCAGAACUGGCCUGACUCCUCGUCCGCAUCCAAAUCUCAAGCUCUCCCUCUCCCGGCCCUGGCCUCGGUGUCCGCUCUGCUUGUGUGGCACCCUGCGUGCCCUCAAGAGAAGGUGGUGAGGAUGCUGUUCCCCGGUGCUACGCCCCAGGCGAAGCUGCUACAGGGGCUGGAGAAGCUGAAGGGCCUGGCCUUCCUCCGAAAACCAACUGUGACCACCGGGGACCUGGAGAGGCUGGGUGAAGACGGAAAGACCAAGAGGACGGACAGCCAGGAUAGUGGCAAGUCACCAGGGAAGGAUACAACAUCAAAACAUGUCAAAGAGGUGUUGGUGAAGGAAAAGGGAAAAGGUUUAAAUGGAGUUGGUGCAAGAGAUGCUGAUAAAACAAAAAUCAAAGAGGCGGCUGUAAAGCAAAAAGCAGUAACAUCAGAGAAGAAUAUGUCAAAGAGAGCAGGAGGGAGGGAUGGGAAAAAAGAGGAGAAGACUGGCAAUAAAGACGAGUAUGGCAUAACGAAGCAUGAUCCGGUGAAAAAGGAAAGUGUCCCUUCCAAACCAAAGAAUGAAAAUAUAACUAAGCUCAAAAAGGAAGCAAAAAACGACUCUAAAACAGGAGCGAAGAAAACGAGAAAACCAGCAGGGAAGGAGGCAAACGACGGCAAGAAGACACAUGUAAACACUGAACUGCCGAAUAACAACUCAACAAAGCCCAAUGCUGGGACUGGGUCAGACAUCCCAGAGCCGGAGAUCCCUCCCACUGAGCAGCAGAAUCCAAAAGCGGAGUCAGAACCUGAAGAGAAACCCUACGGCUCCAAAACGUCAACCCCCGAGGACAUGACUGCCGAUUUUCUCAAGCUGCAGGAGGAGAGAGUGGAGGAAGCGAAGCAGAGAAGCAGCGAGUCAGGAAAUGAAAAGAGCCUGGGAGGUCUGAGCAAAGAGACGAGUAAGGAAGCUGAAGAAGAAGAAGCAGCAGGUGGCACAGGGACAGUGGGAGGAGAGGGUGGUGAUAGUGAAGUGAAAGCUGGUGCAGACUUGCAGAGAGGUUCUGGAAACGCUGCCAAACCUGCAAAAGUUGUUGGAUUUCCAUCCCCCCUGAACAACCCGCCAAAUAACCAACACGAAGUCCAGUUAGACCUAACUCCCACUGAGUACACUCUCCUGGACGGCGCUUUGAAACACAGCCCCCCCUCCCGAUCCUCUCCGGAGAACCAGGCCCCCGCCAGCCUUGAUGAGGAGACUGUGGAGACGGACUCCCCGGACUCCCGGCCCAACAGCGCGGGCCACACUCCGUACGGCCUCUCCCCGGACGACGUGUGGUGCAACAGUGCCCCUCUCAGCAGGUUACAGGCCCAGAUUGGAAACUCAGAGUCCGGUGAUGUCCACCUGCAGAGUGGAUCGUCCAGACAAAGUGAGGGGCAGCCAUCCCAGAACAAAACCCCUCCUGAGAGCCACACAAACCCCAGGGAGAAGCAUCUCAGUUUCCUGUCGUUGGGGACUUUUAAAGACGGACCUUCAGACCCGUCUGCCUCUGUGGCCACCACCACCACCACCACCACCACCACACACUCCAUGCCAGCAGAGGUGAGCUCCCCUCAGUCCACAGAAGUAGAUGAGUCACUGUCCAUGUCGUUUGAGCAGGGACCAGGCUAUGUGAGCCAGAGAGAGGGGGAUGACAGCAUUCAUCACUCCCACUCCAACGGAGCCCAUUUCGCCGGGAUGUCUUUACCAAUGAAGAAGCCGCCCAGAUCUUUAGGUCAAGGUUCAGAGAUGGGGCGACCUCCGGCCCCUGGCACGCUUCAUUUUGAGUCUUCACCUCAUGAAGUGGAUCUUUGUCUGGUUUCUCCCUGUGAGUUCAAGCAUUUCAAACAUCCUGACUCCAGCUCGGCCACCAGCGAACCGUCUAGAGGAGCCUUCUCGUGGCAUCAUCACGGCAGCAACAACAACAACCCAAAGGACGCGUCACCCAGCGAAUCGAACACCCCCGUUUGUACAGAGGACUGCCCGUCCACCACGGCCGAUGGAGCCCUGGACUCAGACGAGGACGAGUCGUGUAGUGAGCCGACGAACUCCCCACACGACCACUGCGCCAGGCAGGCUCUGCCCUGCGACCCUCCUCCUGCCGCGCUCAGGGACAGUCCUCCUCUGCCUCCGCACCCUGACACCUCCAUGCCUGUUCCUCAGUCUGACCCUGACGCCCACGGGAAGAGAGCGAAAGCCGGCAGCAUGCGAGGGAAGAAGACGCCAGGGGUUGUCGAGGGUCCCCAGAGAUCCGCCUCGGGGAAAAGCCGGACAGGAAUUCAAAGUGGAGUCACCAAAGGGAACACCUCUUCCACUCGUACGCCUUCGUCCAGCCCCCGCGCAGCACCAGCAAAAUCCUCCUCCAGUCCCGGCUCAAAGGCUCCCUCUGUCGGAGAAGCCAGCGUGUACGUGGACCUGGCGUACAUCCCCUCUGGAGCCUCCUCGCCAACCGUCACCGUGGAUUUCUUCAGGUGUGUCCGCUCCUCCUGCUACAUCAUCAGCGGCGACAAUCAGGAGAGGGAGGAGCUGAUGAGGCAAACACUGGAUGCUCUGCUGGAUGGAAAGGCGUCCUGGUCUGACACUGUACAGGUGACGGUGAUCCCGACCUUUGAGUCGGUGCCGAUGCAGGAGUGGUACCAGCACACCCAGGACAGACAGAAAGAGCUGGGCAUCACCGUGCUGGGAUCCAACAGCACUGUGGCCAUGCAGGACGAGACCUUCCCCGCCUGCAAGAUCGAGUUCUGAGGCUCGCUGUGAGGCGCAGAGGUGGAGGGUGAAUAUGAGCUAAAGGGAAUCAAAAGAGUUUUGUAGAAAUGGAGAUAAGGGAGAUAUAAAGGAAAUUUAAGGCUCUGUACUGCAUGAGAACAAUAGGUAAGAUCCUCCCCAUCCCCUCUGUGGGCUUCUUCUGCAUUAAGAGCCCUUACUUCUCUUCGUCCAUGGAGAACACACGUCCCUGUAGAGAGAACUGCAUGAUGUUAUUGACCGAUGACCCUGUGCCCAACAGGAGAGGAAACCACACUGACUGUAAGACGAGCUGCAAACAUGCAGCUCCACAAAAGCUGAGGAUGUAUUAGUCAAAGUUAUUAGCAAACACAAGGUCAGAGGCACUGUGGGAUAGUUGAUUGAGUGAGAGCAGCCUAAGAUGUGUUUCUGGGCCCAGUUCAGUUCUACCAGUUCACCUGUGAGAAAUUCAACGGUUGUUUUUCGCUUAUCUUCAUUCAAGAGCCUGAUGUUUCAGUUUAAAAUCAGGACGUAAUGAUUUCACAUUGAGAAUUUGUUAAACUUUUACUCAAAACCUUGCGCCCGCAUUCAAAUAGCUUAGCUUUGCUCUGCUUACGCUCAGAUUUCCCGCGCUCACUCUGCAUCUGUGCACGUGUGAAACGUUUGCUCUCUGGUGGUAAUUGAGCACGAGCAUAGGGUCUUAAGUGAAACAUCUUAAAAUCUGAAAGUGCAAUAAAUAAGUCCUGUUUUCAAUCGAAAGACCACGGUCCUGAAUAACCACAGUACAAGAAAGUUAAAAAAAAAACAGCUCCAGAUUUUCCCUAAGGACAGGAGUGUGCAAACUUUGUGAAAAUAUUUCUUGCUUUCUAUUUAUUUUAUUCACUAAAAUUCACAGCGUCCAGGUGAUUGUUGUGAGCAAACAGGUGAAUUGUGCUGUGUGUCGUACCUGCUUUCAGAGGAAUUGUGCCGCCGAGCAAACAAGACGUUGUGGUGUCCGCUGCCAGUAAGCGAUCAUCGCCCACUGAGCCUGAGAUUAAUGAACCUCAGUGGGCAAAGACAAAUCUGUCAGCAGGGAUUAGAAUACCGGAUUUAAUUCAGCAGCAUUACAAAAGUAAUCUUAUUAAUUUAUGGCUCCGUAAUUGUAAUCCAUAACAUGUGCUGAUAAAAAAUGCUAACAAGGAAUCAUACUACAAAUGCUUCUGUAGAGUCAUGUGUUGACUUUUUAUCUUAUAUUCAGAAAACGUUAAAACUAUUGACAUGUAAUGUAUUUUAAUCGUGAAUGUGAUGGACAUGAUCAAAGUCGUCAAUUAAGUAGGGUGUCGACUAACUUGCACAGUGUAAAAUCAAGGGUGAGUCGAUCAAGUCAAUGUAAAUGAGAGAUUUCCAAAAUGUUCUCUGUAAAUAAAGAAUAAAUAAAACGAAUGUUGUAUAUAAUACAAUUGGAGGCAAAAUAAUCCUGGACAUUGAAAAUUAAAUAAAUAAAAAGUAUAAAGUAUAAACCUUCCCAAUAAAGUUUCCUGAAAUACAUUUUGGAAUUUGGUGCCACAUUUCCUAUUAAUUACAAUCCUAUUAACGUUAAAUCUGUGUACAGGAAAGUACACAGGAGAGUUUUUUUUUUAAUAAUAAAUAAAUGAUAAAUCCCUUUUUACUUGGGUUUAAAUGAUGGACUUCCUCAAUGGAAAUAAAAAGCAGUUGAAAUGCUCUCACAUCACUAGUUUCCCUGUAAUUCAGACCCUAUUUCACAGAUUUAGACUCAGUGUAUGUUAAAUACAAUCACAAGUGAGUAACUGCAAAUAUCUAAUGUAAUUUAUUACAUUUUAACCACGUGGAUUUCCUUCUUCACUCCUCCAUGGACGUCACAUGUUGAGAUGUGUAAGAUUCGCAGGUUAAAGCUCUGUUGCUGAUUGACCUUUAAAACGAUGAAGUUGACACCGAGAGACACAGAGAUUCUUCAAAACCAAAGCACGAGAACAAAACGAUACCACCGAGCAUUCUCCUCUUAGUGUGAACGCUGCACGAAAAAAUAUAAUUUUCAAUACCUCUAAAUUGUCCUCAAAAUAUUUUCUAAUUAUAAAUAAUGCACUUUUUAUCAUUGUUGUUUAUCCGCGAGAAGAAUGCAACUAGUUUCUAUUUAGUGCAAUCAAUUUCCUAUUUCACCACUUUCUCAAAUAAUGUGUAUGGAAUUACACUUUUCACACACGCUGUCCGACUCAGAUUCAUCACAACUGUUACGAUUCCCUGCAAACCUCACACACACACACACAAACACACACACACACACACACACACACACACACACACACACCCACACACUUGCCACAUUCACCGACUGACCGGGAUCAUGGGGUUGAACCAGAUCUGUAACCGUUACUCGAACCCCAGAGUAGCCAAGUGAAUUGUAACUGUAUGUACAUGUAUGUGUCCCGCAUGUGCAAAAGUUGUGUAUGUAUACUUGUGUUGUUUCAUUCAUGAUAUUCAUGAAGACAGAGAGCAAAGCACUGUGGGUUAGCAGAGGCAGAGGAGAGUGUUUUGGCAGAAAAACUGGAUGGGAUGAAGAUUGAGAAGCUGUCACUUUGUAAUUGU